AUGGCUCCACAGGUUGAUGGCGAAAACGCAACUCACAAUGCUGAAAAUCCCAUCGACACUAUCUCUACUAAUGCCUCCAUUACUACUGCCACUACAAGGACUUCUUUGGACACUAUACAGAAUGCCGACCCUGCCUCCGCUACCUCGAACAUUCCGACAGCUUCCAGUAGUGAUGAUGACGGACUUCAGGCUGGUGCUGUUGCUGGCGUCGCCAUCGGCUGCUUCUUUGCCGGUCUGCUCCUUGGAAUCGGCGGCGUAUACUUUCUUCGGUAUUUCAGAAAGAGCCGCACGAGGCAUCCCAGGAGCUUACGUGAUAUCCACAUCCCCAAGGAUCCAGAUUACGGCAGCUCAGGAGCCAUGCGCUCGUCAGAAAAUAGAUUCAAACUAGAAAACUUCAUAUUGCAGGCGACGCCAGACAAAGAACUUAUCAGCAUGAUAAAGCGGCUGGAUGUCAUCAUUGAGCAACACGUCGAGAACUAUUACCACGAUGAACCGAUCACUAUCAGCGUAUCGGUUCUGGCUCAGGAGCUCACAGGUCACGGAAUCAGUAAAGGGUUUUCAGGCUUCGAACCCGAGACUGUUGCUGAGUGGUGCUUGCAUCCUGCAACUCGUCGACUGGCGCUUCAGCAUGUUAUCUCUCAUGUCCUCUUCCGCAGCAUUGACUGCAACUCCCGCACACCCGUAUCACUGCUUCCAGAGCCUGCGGUUGGCUUUCUUCGGUCUAUGCGUCCAGUUGAUAAAUCCCGAGAAGACUUUAAUGUAAUGUCUAUUGUUUUGACAAGAUGGCGGACCCUGUCCGCUCUGCUAUUACAUCCUAACCCCAGUGAAAGAACACCUCUCGAGGUGUCUGAGAGCGCAGUGAGGCACCAGGCUCAAGACCUGGCCAAAGAGUUGAAUGCUUUCCUGCACCAUUUUGUUGCGCCUGAUGAAGACAGCAUUCAGCAACAGUGCCAUCACAUGCAUGCUAUGAUCAUCGAGGCAGCUAAAUUGGGCUAUGCAUUUUUCUCACACACUAGCGAUUGGGGGUUCAUUUACAAGGAUGUGGCUUUAAAAAGGGCUGCUGUUAUUUGUGUUGGUUUGGAGAAAUUAAGCCAUCGGGAUGGACGUCGGCUCUCGUCACCCCAGCUGGUUAUGGAACCACGUCUACUUACCAUGUAA